GGAAGGAAGGGUGGGACCUGUUGUUCAAGGACCUGACCCCAGUCUGUCCUCCCUCCCACCCACUCCCGCCCCUAUGUCGAUCUGGGUCAGGUUAGGGGAAUGGGAGUCUGGAGUGUGAUUUCCGGAGGGGGGCGGGCCCUCCACCCGGAGUGAUGUGGGGGCGGGCUGCACAGGAACCAGACACCGACGAUGAAUAAAUGAUGCCCACUCGCAGCCUGCCUGCGACCAGAUCGCCACCGCUGAGCGCCGGCUGGCCAGGAGGCUGUCACUGGGCCAAGGCAUCCCUCCGCUCCCCUGACCUGCCAGCUGCGGCCGAGCGGCGCGGCGCGGCGCGCAUGAAGAUGGCGGGGCAGCGGCGAGGUGCGGGGCCGCUCUGGGCGCUGGGCGGCGCCGCCGCCCUGGGGGUUUGCCUCGCGGGGGUCGCCGGGCAGCUGGUGGAGCCCAGCACGGCCCCACCCAAGCCCAAGCCGCCCCCGCUGACCAAGGAGACAGUGGUGUUCUGGGACAUGCGCCUGUGGCACGUGGUGGGCAUCUUCUCGCUCUUCGUGUUGUCUAUCAUUAUCACUCUUUGCUGUGUCUUCAACUGCCGCGUGCCACGGACCCGGAAGGAGAUUGAAGCCCGGUACCUGCAGCGAAAGGCAGCCAAGAUGUACACGGACAAACUAGAGACUGUGCCGCCCCUCAAUGAGCUCACAGAAAUCCCUGGAGAGGAUAAGAAGAAGAAGAAGAAGAAGGACAGUGUGGAUACAGUGGCCAUCAAGGUAGAGGAGGAUGAGAAGAAUGAGGCCAAGAAGAAGAAAGGAGAGAAAUGAGGAGAGCUUCCUGAAGGUGGCAGCUGGGGCUGGCCAGCCCUGGGGCUCAUAGUCCUGGCCAGAGUCUAAGUAUCUUAGACUCUAAUCUCAUACAUGGACCAUAGAGGUUGCAGAACAUCUCUCCCUGCUCAGAGGGGGUUGCUGAGGCCCAGGACCCUGUCCUAGAGACCACUGGGACAGGGACAAGACAGCUCCAGGUAUGCUGCCUCCCAGCCUGGACGCCACUCCUUUCACCCAGUCCACUCAGCAGAGGUGGUCUUGGGCCAUUGUCCCUCUGUAGAUCCAAAGUGGCCUCUACCCACCCAUACAUGCCUCUCUCCCCUCUUCUGCCAAGAACAGCAGUGGCUAAAGGGGGAAUGGGAUGUGGGUUUCCUUCUGGAAAGAGAUGGCUGACCUGGAUGGGGUAGAUGUGAGGCCACACAGGGCUGGCCAUGAGGAGGGAGAGGGUCACUGGGGGAUGCACGGGCAGCAGAAGUUUCUUGGACUUGGCUGAAUAGCAGCCCUAGUGGUGAGGGGCUUGCCCCAAGCCUAGAAUGGGUUCUGGCCCAGGGCAGUGAGCAGAGGGGGACCAGAAGCAGAACACCCAGCCCAGCAGAUACCAAGCUCCAGGCAAUGGAAGCACUUGUCUUAUACGUUGUGACGCAGCUGAGGUUGCUGGAGGGCCUAGCAUGAAGCCCAAGGGCUCGGGGCAGGGGCUGCAAGGGUGCAGAAGGCUGAGGCCAGUGGGCCAGAGAGAGACGAGAAGAAAGCUGGCACCUGGGCCCCGUCUUAGGAAUCCAAGGAAUAUUUGAGAAGCCAAGGGGGACUUCAGGUUGUUCUGGUGGCCCUUUCUAGGCUCAGCUGUUGUGGUGGGUGUCAGGGUCCCAGGAGAUCACCGCAGGGGGCAGUCAGAGAUUGAGGCAGCAACCAGCCUUCCACCAGCUGAAUAUAACAGCACAGAGCUUCCUCUUCUAUUCUCAACUACAGUGCCUAAAAGAAGCACUGCUAACCAGAAGGUGAAGGCUCAGACUUGACCUGGGGACUGAAUCCUUGGGGAGGGGAGAUGCAGUGUGGGGUUUCUAGAUGGUUGUGAACAUCAGCUGAGGAACUCAGACCUGGGUCUGGGGACUAAGGAGACACUGGAGGUUUCUGAGCCAGGGGGAGCUGCUGGCAAAGCUCAUGCUGCCUCUGCAGCCUGAAGAGAUCUGGAAAUAAAGCUGAGUGCCUUCUCAUA